UUUUCUUGGUUUUGUUUUGAAUUUUCGUUAGGCGACGUCUGUGAUCAGGGUCCGAUAAUUUGAGUUUUAGAUGGUAGAAAGUUGGAAUCAGGUCUUUCUAUGUUCUGUUUGGUCGCUGAGAAAAUGCAAGAAACUGGGAUUUUGAAUCUUAGAGGCAGUUUCUCUAAUGGUGAUUGAGCCUUGUCGGUGGGUGUGAUUUGUGUGGAGUCUCAGCGGCAACCAAGAACAGAGCCGAUCGGAUGGACAAGAACAAGAGCCGUACUGAUCUGCUCGCUGCCGGACGGAAAAAGCUUCAACAAUUUCGUCAGAAAAAGGAAGUUAAAAGCAGUGUUAGCCAUGGAAAAUCCUCAAAAAAGUAUGGUAAAGCUGAGCAAGCUGAUGCCGAUGCAUCUUCCACUAAUCUUAUUCCAACAGUGCCGCCUGAGGUUACCGAAAAGGAAACUCCUCGUGCCGAUUCACAUACGGAGAUCUCUGAUUCACCAGUAUUGCACUCAAUGGGGGCUGGCGAGCCUGAUAUGUCCUCAACUCAGCUGAGGGAAGAUCAGGUAACAGAUAUAGGGGCAAUGCAGGAAGCUGAUGGUUUGGACUCAACGCAAUCUGAUCGAAGCAGAGAAAUAGAGCUUGAAGGAGACCAGCAGCUUCCUUUCUCUGAACUUGGUGAAAGCGCAGAAGCUCUUUCAACGAUAGUUUCACUAAAGACUAACAUGGAUGAGGUAUCCCUUGAACCAGAGCAAACUGGUGAGUCAGGAGAUGUAUCUGCAUAUGAUGGUGCUACCUUGUCGGAUGGGUUUUCAGCUUCUGUUUUGAAUUUAUAUGAGGUAGAUGGGAUCUCAUCUGCCAAUCUUGCCAUGAAAAAUCAGAAGAGUGAACAGAUAGUGCCUGGAUCAUAUUACGAAGAAAACUCGGUCAUGCCUUUUCCGUCUGGGGAUGAUGGAAGAAGCAAAGAAGAAAAGAGUUGUGCCAUUUUGGACAAUAGAACAGCUGCAGAGGGGUACAAUCAGCAAUAUAUGUCUGAUCAAUCUUUUGUACCUGAAGGUAAAAGUGAAACAGAGCUUAAAGUAGACGAGCAGAUUCCUCUUUCUGAGCCUGCUGUAAAUGCUGAAGCUCUUCCAAGGAUAGAUUCAGUAAAUAAUAUUGUGGAGGAGGCAUCCCAUCAACCAGAACAAACUAGUGAAUCAGGAGAAGUGUCUGCAUCUGAUGUUGCGACCUUGUCAGAUAGGUUUUCAGCUUCUGUUUUGGCUUUAAAUAUGGCAGAUGGGAUCUCAACUGGUAAUCCUGCCAUGCAAAAUCAGCAAAGAGAACAAAUAUCGUCAGGUUCAUCUUGUGAAGAAAACUUGGUCAUGCUUUUCCAGUCUGAUGGCCUUGGAAAAGGCAGGGAAGAAAAUACUCAUUAUGUUUCAGAGAAUAGGACAGGCACAGAUGGUUACAAUCGACAAUAUAUGUCUGAAGAAUCUUUUAUAGCUGGGGCUAAAAGCCCUGAAAGACCUCUUGAAGCUAAAUGUUCCGCUGAAGUACAGACUGUGUCUCCUGUUGCAGAUGUGAGUUCAAUCAGUCUCAUGCAGCUCACGGAAGUGAUAAGGGGGCUCAAUGAAGAAGAGUUUAGGUUUUUGCUCGAUUCAAGAGAAUCAGUUUCUAAUGCAGGGUUGGGGACUGGUGGUGGGGCUUUUGCAAAACAUGGCUUUACAGAAUUAUUGCAGAGACUCAAUGAAGAGUUAAUUCUCACACAUUUUACAAAAGAUAUCUUUCACUUGCAACUUGCUGAACACUCAGAGCUAGAGAUGGAGUUAGAGCACCAGCACCAUCAGCUGGUUGAUGAAAUAUCUGUGCUUAAUGAUUCACUCAAGGAAGCUCAUGAGAGGAAUCAAUUCCUUGCUGAAGAGCAUGUUCAGUGCAGAUCUGAACUCCAGACUGUUACUAGCAGGAGGGAGGAGCUCGAAGAUCAAUUUCAUACAGCGAAGGCAGAAGUUGAGGAAUUUUCUUCUAGAGCACGCGAGUUGCAGAGUAGAUUGGAAAGGUCAGAAAGGGAUUUGUUUAGCCUGUCAACAGAGUUGGAUGGCUUCAAGAUUUUGAUAGCAGAUUUACAGAUGGAAAACAAGAAAUUAGAUGGGACCAUUGCUUCUAUGACUGAAGAGAGACAGAAACUUGUGGAGGAGAGGGUGCUUUUACUCGAUGAGAAUGAGAAUCUGUCAAAAGAAUUAGCUGAUGGCAAGAGUUUGGUGGCAGCUUUACAGGUUGAAAAUUCCAACUUGAGUGGGAGUCUGUCUUCAGUGACUGAGGAGAGAACGAAGCUUGAAGAGGAAAAGGGGCAUCUUUUCCAUGCUAAUGAGAAACUCUCUCUAGAAUUGGCUGACUGUAAAGGUUUGGUGGCAGCUUUGCAGGUAGAAAACACUAGCUUAAAUGGGAGUCUUGCUUUGGUAACAGAGCAAAGAAGCAGGCUUGAAGAGGACCAGGAGCAUCUUAAUUUUGAGAGCGAGAGGCUUACUUCCAAACUUUUUGUUCUUCAAGACCAAUUUUCUACUGAACACGCUGAGCGGAUGAAGGUUGAAAGCAGCCUGAAGGAAAUGACAAUGCGCCUUGAACAACUCACUGAGGAAAACAUUCUACUUCAGAACAGUCUGGAGGUAUUCAAAGCUAAAGUAAGAGAGAUAGAUGGCCAGCAAAGCCCAAUACUUUGCCAAGCUGGGAAUGAAGUCAGUCAGGAAGUACGAAGUAGGGGCCAUGAAAGUGUGACAGAUUAUGAAGAUUCUCACCAGACUACAGGGAAGCAAGAUGGUGAAGUCUAUUCUCCUGUGUUGGAGAAGCCCUCAUCUGAUGGCCUUGCAGUAGAACCACCAAUCCCGCUGCCUGAACAAGAAGUCUUUGACGACUCUUAUGUGUUUGUUGCCUUGAAGGGACACUUGGAGGGGGCGGAGAAAAUAUUGCAAAAACUUGAAAAAGCAAUAGAAGGGGCACAUUUUCAUUCCACUUCUUUUAGCCGGAAAGUUGCUGCACCAGGGAUAUCAAAACUGAUUCAAGCCUUUGAGUCAAAGGUGCAUGUUGAUGAACAAGAGGAAGAGGAAAGGGAUCCUACUGAAAAUCAAUCACCAGCAGAUCCAUUCAUGGUAGCAAAAGAGCUAGCUGGAAAUUUGAGAGCAUUGAUAAAGCAGCUGGAAAUGGAUGCUGAGAAUGCCAGUGUACUCUUCACAGGGGAGCGAGAUGGUAGGAAAAUAGCUGAUGCCACAUUCAUGGAACUCACAGCUGAACACGAAGCUCUGAAGGAACAUAGUAACAAUUUGGAAGCAGCCAACAUUGAGCUUGAGGUUCUAUUUGAAGCUUUAAAGCAACAUGUUUGUGAGGUUGAAGUGAAGGAUGGUGAACUUGAAGUUCUCUUUGAAUCCUUAAAGUUGCAAGGCAUCAAUCUCAAAGCAGAAAACCGUGAGCUUGGUGAAAAGCUUUGUGGGUAUCAAUCAAGAAUUAGUGACUUGCAGAGUUGUUUGGAUGGUUUACAGCAUGGUUCAAAUGAGAUGGCUUCUUCCAUCAGCAAUCAGUUGGAGAAUAUGCAGAAAGAAAUGGCUGAGAGGGUGUUGUUACUUGAAGAUUGGAAUUCUACAGUGGCUGAAAUCCUUGAAGUUGUUGGGAAGCUUGAUGAAUCAGUUGGGGAAGUUUUAACCUCGACCAUCUCAAUUGGCACUCAGGAUGCUGUGAAUGUCAGUAGCCGGGUUGCUGCUUCUGUUAGUUCUGCUACCAAAGCGAUUGAGGCUCUGCAGGGGAAACUCCAAGCUGCUCAGACCGACCAUGAGGAAAUCUGUACCUUACACAAACAUGUGAAUGAGAAAUUUGAUGAUUUGCAUGGAAAGAAUGAAUUGGCUAUUAGUAUAUUGCAUAAGAUGCAUGGUAGACUGAGGCAACUUGUGAUCAGUUCCUGUGGAUCUGUGGAUGAAAGUGAGAAAAACAUACAAAUUGAGAAACUGCUUGAUCCUUUAGAUUAUAGUGAAUAUGAGAUGCUGUUGGAACAACUGGAUGAUUUUUUAGAGGAGAAGCUGCAGCUCAGAACUGUUAACAAUAAACUCACAGCAGAGUUAAUCCGUAGAGAAAGAGAGUUUGAGGAAAUGAGCAGAAGAUGCCUUGAUGCAUAUACUGUCCAUAAGUUAGUAGAUGAUGUGGAGAGUGUGCUAAAACUGGGUGAAGAUGAGAUUAACUUGGAUAAAACUCAUGCUUCUCAUUUGGAGUCAGUGGUGUCUCUUCUUGUUCAGAAAUUUAAGGAGCUUGAUGCGCAGGUUGGCUUGUCUAGAGAAGAGUUUGGGUCCAAGAUGAAUGAAUUGACUGAAUUGCAGGAUAAGAUACAUCAGUUAGAAUCCUUGUGCUUUGAGCACGAAAAUGAGAUCUUCAUUCUUAAGGACAGUUUACACCUCGCGGAGGAAACCCUCAUUGCUGCACACUCUGAAUUACAGGAGAAAAGAAGUGAACUUGAACAGACAGAGCAGCGAGUAUCUUCUGUUAGAGAGAAACUUGGCAUCGCUGUUGCCAAGGGCAAAGGCUUGAUUGUGCAACGUGAUGGUCUCAAACAGUCCCUGGCUGAUACUUCUAGUCAACUGGAGAGAAGCUUGCAUGAGCUACAGUUGAAAGACUCUAGGAUUCAAGAAGUUGAAACAAAACUUAAGACCUACUCAGAGGCUGGUGAGCGUGUGGAAGCUCUAGAAUCUGAGCUGUCAUACAUUCGCAACUCAGCCACUGCAUUACGAGAAUCGUUCCUUCAUAAAGAUUCUGUCCUGCAGAGAAUAGAAGAGAUUUUAGAAGAUUUAGAUCUGUCAGAGCAUUUUCAUUCUAGAGAUAUAAUUGAAAAGAUUGAUUGGUUGGCGAGGUCAACUACUGGAAACUCAGUGCCUCUAACUGAUUGGGACCAGAAAAGUUCUGCUGGAGGAGGUUCAUAUUCUGAUGCAGCUUUUGCUGCUUUGGAUGCUUGGAAAGAUGAUGUGCAGCCAAGCUCAAAUUCAGAGGAUGAUAUGAGAAGAAAAUUUGAGGAGCUUCAAAAUAGGUUAUAUGGGUUGGCUGAACAAAAUGAAAUGCUUGAACAAUCUUUAAUGGAAAGGAACAAUUUAGUGCAGAGAUUGGAAGAACUUUUGGACAGGAUUGAUAUGCCUUCGCAGUUCCGCUCUGUUGAACCAGAGGAUAGGAUUGAGUGGUUAGGAAAAGCACUAUCUGAGGCUCAACAUGAUAGAAACUCUCUCAUGCAGAAGAUUGAUAAUUUUGAAAACUAUUGUGGAUCACUAAGUGCUGAUUUGGAAGAGUCACAAAGGAGAGUGUCUGAACUCGAGGCAGACCUCCAAGCAGUUAGUCAAGAGAGAGAGGACCUCUCAGAAAGAUUGGAGAUUCUGACUCAUGAACAUGAAAAACUUUCAGCGAGGAUGGUUGAAUUCAAACUUGAGAAAGAAAAGCUGCAGAGUGAAGUUACUGGUUUGAGUGAGAAAUUAGUUGAGAGGCUCGGGAAUGAGGAUAAGAUUGUCAUCAUUGAAGGCAAAAUCAAAAGAUUGCAGGAUUUGGCUAGCGAUGCAUUGCAAGAGUCUGGAACCAUGGAUCUGGUUUCUGGAAGUGAUAGUAUUCAUUGCCUGGAAGAGUUGCUGAGGAAGCUUAUAGAGAAUUAUGCAAUUCUUUCUUCAAAGAAUCCUGUGAUUGGGGAUGCGGCUGACAGACACGAUGCUGAAAAUGUUGAUGCUAUUGCUGAAGUGAGAAGUAUAGAUACACUUGAUUCCAGGGAACAGGAUAUGGCUCUUCUGAAAACAGAACUAGAGGAGGCUAUGCGUGAGUUGAUGCAGGUGAGGGAGGAGAGAGAUAGAUAUCUGGAGAAGCAGCAAUCUUUGUAUUGUGAAGUAGAAGCUCUCAGUAUAAAAAGGGAGGAGUUGGAAAAGAUACUCAGUCAGGAGGAGCAGAAGUCGGCUUCUGUGAGAGAGAAAUUUAAUGUUGCAGUUAGAAAAGGGAAGUCACUGUUGCAGCAGAGGGAUGGUCUGAAGCAGAUCGUUGAUGAGAAGAAUGCCGAGGUGGAAAAUUUGAAAUCGGAGAUUACCUACAGGGAAAAUGCUCUUGCAGAGUAUGAGCAGAAGUUCAAAAAGUUGUCUGCUUACCCAGAAAGAGUAGAAGCCCUAGAAUCUGAGUGUUUGUUGUUGAGAAAUCGUCUCACAGAAACUGAACAUUACUUGCAGGAGAAAGGACGCAUAUUGAGCAUGGCUUUGAAUGCUUUAAAUAACAUUGGUGUUGAUGGUGAAUUCAACAGUGGUGAUCCAAUUGAGAGGUUGGAACAACUUGGGAAACUAUUCUACGAUUUACGCACUGCUGUGGCUUCUUCAGAGCAGGAGAUGAGGAAAUCUAAAAAAGCAGCAGAGCUACUCCUUGCAGAGUUGAAUGAGGUGCAAGAGAGAAAUGAUGUUCUCCAAGAGGAGCUGGCAACAGCUGCCAAUGAAGUUGUUGAGCUUAGUAAGGAAAGGGAUUUGGCAGAGGCUGCCAAACUUGAAGCUAAUUCACGGCUUGAAAGUUUAUCUACUGUUCGUUCUGAGGAAAGAAAGAACCAAUUAUCUGAAUUUAAGGGAAUAAAAUCUGGUCUGAAUCAACUCAGGAAGGGAUUUUAUGAUGUUAAUAACUUACUAGCUGAUGUUUUCUCCAAGGACUUGGAAUUUUUGCACAAUCUGGAGGCUGGCAUUGAUUCAUGUCUGAAAACAAAAAACGUUGAGCAAGUCAUUGUGCCUUUUUUCUGUGGGUCUGAUGGCUUUAUAACUGGCGAUUCAGAGAGCAAGGAAAUGGAUUCUUGGUCAGACUCCAAAACUCAUGGGCAACUUGAUGAAGAUGUAUUUGGAAUUUAUAAUUUUGUUAUGCAUCAUCUGCAUGAAUUUGUGACUGAAAUUGGCGAUCUUGAAGAAAAAUUACGCAAACACUCUGUCUCAUUACAUAAACAAAACAGCAGUCUAUCUAACUUAGUGGCAGCUGUUCAUGGGGAGAUGACUUCCCAAAAAGAGUCGGUUGAAUCUAUGAAGAGAGACAUUAUUCGUAUAGAGUCUGUCAAAAGUGAAAAAGACAUGGAACUUAAUAUUUUGCAGAGAAACAUUGCCGUGCUUUAUGAAGCAUGUGCUAGUUCAGUGAUGGAAGUCGAAAACCAUAGACUUGGCCUGGUUGGUAAUAAUAUGACUGCUGGAGAAGUGGGUUUGAACUUAAAAUCAACAGCAUUUGCUGAUGGUGGACAGGCUCAUUUUUACUCUGAGGAAUCUAUCAGGAAUAUGGCAGACAGACUUGUGUUGGCUGUGAGGAAUUUUGCUAGCUUGAAAACUGAAACUAUUGUAGGUAAUGGGAAGGAAAUGAAGAUUACAAUAGCAAAUUUACAGAAAGAGCUUCAUGAGAAGGACAUUCAGAAUGAAAGGAUUUGCUCGGAGCUGGUUAGUCAAAUAAAGGAAGCUGAAGCUGCCACAAGAAGUUACUCACUAGAUCUUCAAUCUUCCCAAACAUGGGUGCAUGAUUUGGAGGAACAGGUUGAAGCGAUAGAGAGGGAAAGGAAUUUACUAAAGCAGAGAGUAAAGGAGCUGCAGGAUGCGCAAGUCGCCUCAACAGAGUUAGAGGAUAGGAUUAGAUCAUAUACUGAUGUACUUACUGCCAAAGACCAAGAAAUUGAGGCACUGAUGCAAGCACUCGAUGAAGAGGAGGCACAGAUGGAAACCCUGAAAAACAAGAUUGAGGAAUUGGAAAAGGUUGUGCAACAAAAGAAUCUAGAUGUCAAGAACCUUGAAGGUUCUCGUGGAAAGGCUCUGAAAAAGCUCUCCAUCACUGUGACUAAGUUCGAUGAGCUUCAUCAAUUUUCCGAGAGUCUCCUUGCUGAGGUUGAAAAGCUUCAAGCACAAUUGCAAGAUCGGGAUGCAGAGAUCUCUUUCUUAAGGCAAGAGGUUACUAGAUGCACUAAUGACGUUCUUGUUGCAUCACAAAUGAGUAGCAAGAGGACUUCAGAUGAGAUCCAUGAGUUCUUGGCAUGGUUUGACUCAAUGAUUGCUAGGUUUGGGGUGCAUGAUGUGCAUCUUGAUGAUAAGAAUGACCAUGACAUUCAUGAACACAAGGAAAUACUACAGAAGAAGAUUACAUCUAUCGUAUCAGAAUGGGAAGAUCUAUGGGUGGUCGCUCAAAGUAAGGAUGCAUUGUUAGAAGUUGAAAGGAGCAAGGUAGAAGAGUUAACACGUAAAGAAGAAUUUCUUGAGAAGUCUUUACGUGAGAAGGAUUCAAGAUUAAAUUUGCUUGAGGGUGUUAGAGAUUCUGAAAGGGCAACUAGCAUGACCUCUGAAAUUUUGGAAGUUGAACCUGUGGUGAACAAAAGGACAGUAGCUGGGACUUCCAUUGCAUCUCAAGUCCGCAGUUUGCGCAAAGGCAACAAUGACCAAGUUGCUAUUGCUAUAGACAUGGAUCCUGGUAGUAGUGGUAGGUUAGAAGAUGAGGAUGAUGACAAAGUUCAUGGUUUCAAGUCACUUGUUACGUCAAGAAUUGUGCCAAGAUUUACGCGACCUGUGACUGACAUGAUUGAUGGCCUUUGGGUUUCCUGUGAUCGGGCUCUGAUGAGACAACCUGCUCUACGGCUGGGUAUUAUAAUCUAUUGGGCCAUAUUGCAUGCACUUCUUGCCACACUUGUGGUUUGAGAAGACAAAACGGGGUGGUAUUUUUAGUCGGAAGGCAAGAGGGCCCGGCCAUGAUCUUGUUAUUUCUAGUAUCAAAUUUUUAGUAUAAUCAUUGAUUUUUUAUUCUUCCUAGAUAUGAUCCGAUUGAUUUUUAUCCAGCUCAGCCAUGCAACUGUGAUUUCCUGUUUUUAUUCUUGUUAAUCUCAGACUGCGUGGUGGCACCCAAUAAGACAAAAAUGGACUGGGAGUUUGUUUAUUCAAAACCCAACCAAAGGUUGUAAUUCGCAACUGUUGUAUUUACGGCUUGACUCUGUAAUCCAAAAGAAUAUCUCUAGUUAUCCACACCAUUAACAAGGCACGCACUGUACGGUA